GGUUCGGAGUUUUUGUUAUAAUUACAUCAUUAUUUGGUAUCAUAGGAAUGCAUUAAAAAAAAUAUUUAAUUUUAGUUUUUUUUUCUAUAAGUGUAUUUAUAAUAUCAAUUCUAUUUAUAGUGUUAGGUUUUAUAAUAACUAGAUUUGAAAAUAAUGAAUAUUAAUAAAUAAAAAAUGAUAAGGAAUGUUUUGGAGUAACAUUCUAAUGGAUUUUAUAUGCAAACCUAGUUUGUAAUUCUGCAUAAUAGAUUUUUUGCGGGUACACAUGUCCAUGUUAUGUUAAAGAUAAACAAUCAUUUCCUAGUGGAACAUUUUAAAUAUAUUAAGCUGUUGUAAAUGAUCCUAAUAUUGGAGUUAAUAGUGUUUAAAAUUGCAAAGGAUUUAAUAUAAUACCUGAAGAUCAAAUGAAGUAUAUACCUCUAGCGAAAUUUAUUGAAGAAUAAUUCGAAUGUAGUGGUUUUUGUAAUGUUAGUAAGUAUUAUUUGUUUUCGGAUAUUAAUAGGGGACCUCCAAAAUAUUAAUUAGGAUGUAAAGAUAGAUUAUAGAUA